GUUGAUGAGGGGAUCCCAGUACGAGGGAAGAGUCUCCCCGGAUACUCAUCAUAUUUGAGCGUGUACCGAUCGACUGGACCCGUAAAUAGGGUUUCUAAUAGUGUCUGUGCCUACCUGUCAAGUGGACAAAGCGCAACGGUGGCCGCUCCGGGCAAGUGGACCUGUCGAAUGUUAACAUCCAUCGAGUGCCAGUUGCCUCGCCCAAACGAGUAAAGGAACUCCUCGCGGCAGCCGGAGGAAAGCUCCGCAAGAACCAAUAAUGCAGCUGUCAAAACGUACGUUAGAUUCGGGGGAACCGCUGGUGGAGGACCAAGAAGUUUUGUGGCAGGGGACACGGACGUCUUCAGAGCGCGCUAUCUACAUUAGUUCGGGUUCUGGACCCAGUUUCAUAGCGUCAGCUCCAGGUGCACUGGCCAAUUGUACACGACGAUCAUCUAGUGGACCUGAGAUUCAGGACGCUCUAAAUACCGAGACUACUCAUACCCUGGUCCCUCCGAUUUUUACUUGUUUCAUUUUAGGAGCUUCAUCCUGGAUUCCCAGCAGAAAAUGGGAAUUUUGCUAUUCUUAGCGCCUGACCUUGGCUGGAAAGGUCUGGUUAUCUCACUAAUUGGCACUCUAUGGAUAGCCCUGUUCUUGUGGUAUCUGGCGACCUAUCUCAUUUCCCCUUUACGCAAGAUCCCCGGUCCUUUCCUUGCCGGAUGGACCAAUCUCUGGCGGGCGUACCAUGUUACGCAGGGGAGGUCCCAGGUCGUUCUACAUGAACUUCACCAGAAGUACGGACCGGUGGUGCGUAUCGCGCCCAAUGUGGUUGACUUGGACCUCCCCGAAUUGGUCAAAACCAUCUAUAACACCAAAGGAGACUAUCGAAAGACUGAGUUCUACCAUGGUAGUAGUGCCAAAAACAACGGCCGCAUCAUUUACAAUCUCUUCAGCGAAUGUGACCCAGAGAUUCACGCACGACAGAAGCGACCGAUCGCCAAACACUACUCCCUGACUGGUGUCCUGGCCUUGGAGCCCCAUAUUGAUCAGGUCAUCCGGUACUUCUGCCAGAGGCUCGAAGAGGAGUUCAUCGAUGGAGUCAAUGCUGGCACGACAUGCAAGCUGGAUCAGUGGUUACUGUUCUACACAUGGGACGUGGUAGGGAAGGCCACCUUUAGCGAGCCCAUCGGGUAUCUGGAGAAAGGGUAUGACUUCGACCGUACCAUUGCCAUCUCCGAUAAAGCGAUGGACUAUUUCUCUCUCGUGGGACAGCUUCCAAUCCUGGAUCAUCUUCUGGAUAAAAAUCCCGUCUACCGCAUGGGCCCUCCGGCGUUUGGUAAUAUCACUAAUAUCUCGAUCCAACAUCUAGUGGACCGACUCCAAGGCAAGGACACCAGCUACCACAACCUGGAGCAGCCCGACUUCCUCGAUCGAUUUAUUGAGGCUAAGGAGAAGUACCCCGAUAUUGUGGAUGAUGGCCAGAUCAUUUCAUACCUGAUGAUCAACAUGAUUGCCGGCGCUGAUACAACUGCCAUCACACUCAAUGCGGCCAUCUAUUUCGCAUUGAAAAACCCCCGUGUUUGGGCACGCCUUCAGGAUGAGGUCCUCGCGUCCCAAUUCGACUCUGACUCGAUUAUCCCAUUCAACAUCGCGAACGCCUUGCCAUACCUCAACGCCGUCAUCCGCGAGGCAAUGCGGAUGCAUCCAGGGGUCGCCAUGACGCUGGAACGGUAUGUACCACGAGGUGGACUCAGCCUGCCAAAUGGGCAAUUCAUCCCCCAGGGCUGUAUCGUGGGUAUGAAUCCCUAUGUCAUUGCUCGGAACCAGUCCGUCUGGGGCGAGGACGCCGAUGUAUUUCGGCCGGAGCGAUGGCUGCGUGAUGAUUCCCAUGAAAAUGAGGAGGAGUACCAGACACGCUUACGGUUGAUGAACAAUUCUGACCUUACCUUUGGUGCGGGAAGUCGGAUAUGCAUUGGGAGACACCUCGGGCUACUUGAGGUAUACAAGGUGAUGGCUACUCUUGUCUCACGCUACAAUAUCGAGCUGGCCGACCCCCACCGCGACUGGAAGACUCAUAACAGUUUCUUUGUUCGGCAGGAGGGUAUUGAUGUGAAGCUGUCUCGUCGCUCUUAGUGGAGUUGGUAGAGCAUAUUUUCCUUUUUAUUAAUCGCGGUUGUCUCCUUUUGUGUGUGUUGGACUUUUUCUGUGCUCUUAGUACAUACUCACUACAGAGACGUAGUAAUUUUCGCAUGUAUCAGGACUCCUCAAGAAAAACAAAUGGGUCUGAGGCUGUCAUCGUAUAUAUCUGUCUAGUCUAAUGUGAACAUUUACAGGGUUAAUA